UUUCUUAGAGGCGUGCCUUCGUCCAGACACCACGUCGUUAUAGAUUUUUACAAUUUUUGAAUAUUCCCGCGGAAUAACUAUAUAGAAAAUAAAUUACAGACGUAGAGAUUAAUCUUUCGGGGCAUUUGUGUAAUUAAUUUAAUAAUAAUGGAGAUGCUUACGCCCACGCAAGAGGAAAUGUUUACUAAAAACAAGCGCAAGCUUAAUCAUGCCGGCAGCUAUGAAGGACCCGAUACCAGCAAAUCAACGUGGCUUCUCUUUUCCCCCGCAACUCCUGAUGAAGCUGGCUCUUUGGCGCGGUUUCUUAGCAUAUUCUCCUCUCAUGGCGUAAACCUUAACCACAUUGAAUCUAGAUCUUCAGCUAGGAGACCUGGGUACGAAUUCAUGGUAGAAUGUGAGCAUGGUUCUGGUAACUUUGGCGCUGCGUUGGAAGAGUUGACACAGAUUGCUGGAUAUUUGAAUGUAAUUUCUAGGAAUUACAAAGAUAACAUAAGCACUGUGCCAUGGUUUCCUCGACGUAUCAGAGAUCUGGAUAGAUUUGCCAGUCAGAUACUUUCUUAUGGCGCUGAGCUGGAUUCAGAUCAUCCUGGGUUCACUGACCCUGUGUACCGUGACAGAAGGAAGUACUUCGCUGACAUCGCUUUCAAUUACCGACAUGGGCAGCCUCUACCACACGUGGAUUAUACCAAAGAAGAGACUCAGACCUGGGGAGCAGUGUUCAAGAAACUUACAGAGCUAUAUCCAACUCACGCUUGCAAAGAGCACAACCACGUGUUUCCGCUUAUGAUUGAGAACUGUGGAUACAGAGAAGACAACAUUCCACAGUUAGAAGACGUUUCUAACUUCUUGAAAGACUGCACUGGUUUUACAUUACGACCAGUGGCUGGGCUGCUUUCUUCGCGUGACUUCCUGGCGGGGCUAGCGUUCCGCGUGUUCCACAGUACGCAAUACAUAAGACACCACUCCCGGCCGCUCUACACGCCAGAACCUGACGUGUGCCACGAACUGCUCGGUCACGCGCCAUUGUUCGCUGAUCCAGCGUUCGCACAGUUCUCGCAAGAGAUUGGUCUUGCCUCCUUGGGAGCGCCUGAUGAUUUUAUAGAAAAAUUGGCUACGUGUUUCUGGUUCACCGUGGAGUUUGGUCUGUGUCGACAAGAGGGACAGCUGAAGGCUUUCGGCGCUGGUCUGCUGUCGUCAUUCGGCGAACUACAGUACUGCCUCUCAGACAAGCCAGAGUUGAGAGAGUUCGAGCCGAGCGUCACGGGUGAACAGAAGUACCCCAUCACGGAGUAUCAGCCAGUCUACUUCGUUGCUCAGAGCUUUGAGAGCGCCAAAGAAAAAAUGAUAAAGUUCGCCCAAACAAUACCCCGAGAGUUCGGCGUGAGAUACAACCCGUACACGCAAAGCAUUGAUAUCCUGGACUCGCCGCGUCAGAUGACAGACCUCCUCAAACAGAUCCGGACUGAAAUGGAACUCCUACUGGGUACAAUGGAAAAACUGUAGUAAUCUUAGAUUUUCCUUCCUACUACGUUUCUUCUUUUGAAUUUAAAUAGAUUUGAAUUCAAUAUCAUCAUCAUCAUUCAAUACUGGAUUUUUUUGGAUUUACAAGACGGAGGUCCUAGGUUCGAUCCCCGGCUGGGCCGAUUGAGGUAUUCUUAAUUGGUCUAGGUCUGGCUGGUGGGAGGCUUCGGCUGUGGAUAGUUACCGGCUAAGACGUACCGCCAAGCGACUUAGUGUUCCGGUACGAUGUCGUUUACGAACCGAAAAGGGGUGUGGAUUUCCAUCCUCCUCCUAAUAAGUUAGCCCGCUUCAAUCUUAGACUGCAACAUCACUUACCAUCAAGUGUAGUCAAGGGCUAACUUGUAAACAAUAAAAAAAAGAAAGAAAGACUGGACAUAGGCCUUUUCGAUAGCAUGCCAUCACAUACGAUUCUCCGCCUUUCUCAUCCAGCCACUUCCCUCAACCAUCGACCAUCCUGGAGGAAGUCCUAUACUGCGGUUGCUGGUAAGUGGUCUCCACUCCAGAACACGUCUGCCCAGCGGCCAUCUUUUGAUGUUGAUGUUGAUGUUGAUGAUGAUGAUGAUGAUGAUUAUGAUUAUGAUUAUGAUGUUGAUGUUGAUGAUGAUGAUGAUGAUGAUGAUGAUGAUGAUGAUGAUGAUGAAAUAAAUAUGGCUCUAUACUUGGACGGUUGUAAGCCCUUUUAAACCAGCAAACUACCAUAUAAUAUUUGGUUAUUGUUAUGUUUAUUAAUAGUUAACGAUGUAAUAUUUUAUGAUUACAAUGAUAUGAAGUAUAGUAUGUAGGCAUUUUACGUCUGUAAUAUCAUGAAAAUUCAGAUACUGCAGGACGUUGUGUAAUAUUACUUAGAUAUAAGAUUAAUUUGUUAUUUUACCUAAGUAAGUACAAUAAUAUAAACAAUUUGUUAUCAAUAUGAUACGAGUUUCUAAACAUAAUAUUAGAAUU